AUGGAAUAUUACCAGUUCUAUCGUAGUUGGAUGUAUGAUAGAACGUAUCCAGGAAAACGUGAGCUUAAACCACAUUUUAAAGAAGGAGUUGUUGCAUUUCUUGCUUAUGCGUUUGCUCAAGAAUGUUGUCGAAGCGAAGGAGGGGUAAGAUGUCCGUGUUUGAAGUGUGGUUGCAGAAAUAUAAUUAGUGACCCAAAUGAAGUGAAACGGCAUUUGGAGAAAGAUGGUUUUAGGCCAAAUUAUUGGGUGUGGUAUUCUAAUGGAGAAAUACUGCCAGAGAUGAAUAGAGAGGCUUCAAGCAGUCAAACACAUAUUGGAGUUGAGAUAGGCAGAGAGACAUCAAGCAGUCAAUCACAUUUGCAAGACCGGGAACAAUUUAAUCUCAUAGAUGAUAUGGUUGGUGAUGCAUUAGGGGUGAAUGUGACUUAUGAUGAACCUUAA